AUGUACAUCUGGUUCACCGUGUUAGCCGGACUGGCUAUUCUGUCCUUUUCAUUCCUCAAAACAUUUUUCCCGUACUUUGGCGAGGACUGCGCGUACAUCCGCAGGAGCAUCAAACUUGGCGUCAGGCUUUUAAAAUACAAGAAAAUCAAACCCUUCUACAGCAUCUUGGACUGCUUCUUGGAUGCAGCGCAGAGGCAUCCCGCUAAGAUCUUUCUGCACUUUGAAGGUCGUGAAUAUUCAUAUGGCGACGUGGAUAAACAGAGCAACAAGGUGGCCAGAGCUCUGCAGGCUGAAGCCCGGCUCAAGGAGGGGGACUCGGUCGCCUUGUUUCUGGCCAACGAGCCCAAUUUCGUUUGGACCUGGCUCGGUUUGGCCAAGCUGGGCUGUCCGGUCGCUCUGCUAAACUUUAACAUUAGAUCCAAGUCUCUGCUGCACUGUUUCUCCUGCUGCGGGGCCAAAGUGAUCAUCAUCUGUCCAGAGCUGCAGGACGCCGUGGAAGAGGUUUUACCGACGCUAAGAGAGCAGGGUAUCAGUGUGUACCUCCUGUCAGACAGCUGCAGCGUCAAGGGCAUCAAUUCUUUGUCUGACAAGAUCGCCCAGGCCUCAGAUCAGCCCAUGUCCCGGGACCUCAGGGCCAACGUCAACAUCAGGAGCACUGCUCUGUAUAUCUACACGUCAGGCACCACAGGUUUGCCCAAAGCAGCUGUUGUCACCCAUGAGAGGGUGUGGGCCGCCUCCUUCAUCCAGGGGUUGUGUGGAGUCACAGCAGACGACGUCUUCUACAUCAAUCUGCCUCUGUACCACAGCGCAGGCUUCCUCAUUGGGAUGUCUGGAGCCAUCGAGAGAGGUAUAACCAUUAUUCUGAGGAAGAAGUUCUCUGCCUCUCAGUUCUGGGACGACUGCAGGAAAUAUAAUGUGACAGUGAUGCAGUACAUUGGUGAAACAAUGCGCUACCUCUGCAACACGCCCAAGAAAGACAACGAGAAGAACCACAAAGUGAGGAUCGCCAUCGGCAACGGAGUUCGGACAGACGUUUGGUCGGAGUUUCUGAAUCGCUUCGGUGACAUUAAAGUCAGAGAGUUGUACGCUGCCACAGAGGGAAACAUUGGCUUCAUAAACUACACGUCCAAGAUCGGUGCAGUGGGCCGAGCCAAUUUUGUCCACAGGUUUUUCUUCCCCUACACUUUGAUCAAGUUUGACAUUGAGAAGGAGGAACCUGUCAGAAACUCUCAGGGUCUGUGCAUCGAAGCAGCCAGAGGUGAGACGGGACUUUUGGUGGGAAGGAUAACUCGGAGGUCUCCCUUUGUUGGGUAUGCUGGUAACCAGCAACAGACCGAGAAGAAGAGGCUUCGUGAUGUUUUGAAAAAAGGCGACCUGUACUUCAACACGGGCGACUUGCUUCGGUUGGACCAUGAGAACUUUGUGUACUUCCAGGAUCGAGUUGGUGACACUUUCAGAUGGAAAGGAGAGAACGUCGCCACAUCGGAGGUUGCAGAUAUUCUCACAAUGGCUCAUUGCAUUUUGGAGGCAAACGUCUAUGGUGUUAAAGUUGAAGGUCACGAGGGGCGGAUCGGCAUGGCAGCUGUCACUUUGAAAGAAGGAGAAGAUUUUGACUGUUCAGACGCAUUCAAGCAGGUCGUCAACUACCUCCCAGCUUACGCAAGACCUCGAUUCAUCAGGAUUCAGCCCUGCCUGGAGAUGACGGGGACAUUCAAGAUGAAGAAGGUGAAGUUGGUGGAGGAGGGAUUCAACCCAGCUCACAUCAAAGACCUUUUAUACUUCCUGGAUCCUGAGAAAAAGACUUACGUUCCCCUGACUGACACAAUCUACAGAGCAAUAGCUAAUAGGGAAAUCAAACUCUAACACAGAAACUUAAGAUGAGUCAUCGCUGAGCCAGAAGACAAAGUCUUAACAGCUCACUCGUGGACCUUUUUUUGUUUGUUUUUAACAUGGUCAACUAAUCUCAGGGGCAGACUGACAUUGAAAUGUCACAUCAUGUUUUUUUUAAAUUAACAUAGCUACUGUUCUUCUCUACAGUUUUGUAAAUGUUUUCCAUAAUGUGAUACACAGGUAUGUCUCACUGCCACUGUUGUACUUUUAAUGAUUAAACUCUGAUGAUCGUUUCCUCUCUUC